AUGAUUCCAGGAUGCGAGGAAGAGACUGAGGUCGAAUCCCUGUUUGAGAAAUCCAUUGAUCACAUUCUGAAACUGAAGUCUAGAGUUCAGCUCCUCAGGGAUAUGUUGAAGCAAUGUGGUAAGUAA